AAAACCUACUCGUACUAAUGAGUUUAAGAGCUGUAACAAAAGUGUAUCUGUUUCUGCGCGUUUUUCAAAUUCCGAAUAUUGUGAAAAAGAUGAAGUUGUGAACAAAUUCAUUCUUCUUAGACAAUCUUUCUUAAAAGCGCACUUACUGCAAAUUUAGUACCGUUUUUGCAUAUUUUGAGUCCAUGCGAUAAAAAAAAACCAAAUAUCGUGCUUUUAUUGAAGAUAGACGUCAUUAGAAACUUGCGGCAGCUGCAAAAAAUAGAGGAAUUAGAUUCUGAAGAGCUCUAAGCAUAGAAUAUUUUUACGUUGAGCCAAAACAAUUGAAGCCAUUGAAAUUUUGUUCUUGCUGUUUUUUAUUUGCUCUCAGCCACUUACCAUUACAUUUGAAAUCACAAUUCAGAAUCAUUGAGUUUGACCAAACAUAAACUAUUGGAGGUUUUAAAACUAACUAUAAAAUGGUCUCCAAAUCGGUAACUGUUGUCGUGGUUGCUUUGGUACUUGUGGCUGUGCUCGUGCAGCAUGUCCAUUCGGACGAAGGCGACGAGGGCCACACCCGAGGUCGCAGAGAGUGUCACCUCGACAGUGACUGUAACACGUGGGGAAAUGUGUUGAAGGGCGAGGACACCUGCUGCUACGGGGAGUGCAGAGACGAAGACGACUGCAUCACUGUUGGCGGUGUGAUCCUGUUUAUCUGUAUGGUUCUGCUGUGUUGCGGAGGAUGCCUGGGAGCUGUUGCUCUCGUCGUAUUCUGUGCAGUCCGAGCAGCCAACCGACAGUCCAACAGACAGGACCCGACAGCGGCAUACCAACAGAACCCACAAAUGACAGUAGUCCCUCCCCCGAUACUCAGCUACCCGUCGACUUCUCCCCCAGACUACAGCAACAACCCUGCACUCACUGCUCCGCUUAAUAAUUACCCGGCGGCUCCAUGGCAGAUGCCACCAGCGACCAUAAGCGAGAAACCAGAAAAUCGAGAAGAUUGAACAAUCCAUAAAUUUCACCCAAGACUUCAGUAGCUAUCGAUCGAAUUGCACAAACUCUCAUUGAAUGAGAAACUAAUGAUAAUGCGACUCGUUACUUUUAACGCUAUAGCUCUGAAAAAUUACAAUAUAGAUAUAACUCAAGUUGCACUCGCGUCUCAUUUUUACUAAUUAAAGCUGAAAAACUG